GUAUGGGCAGAACUUCCGCCGGGAGUUUCUUCCCUAAUCGAGAUGUCAACGUUCUUUAAACGAAUUUUAGGUGAUGGAAACAAUUCAAAAGUUAACGAUGCGUCAAAGACAAACGCCCCAACACCUAUGGUUGCCAGCUUACAAAGAAAAUUCGCUAAAGGUGUCCAAUACAACAUGAAAAUCGUUAUCAAAGGUGACCGAAAUGUAGGCAAAACUGCUCUUUUCGAAAGGUUACAGGGGAAAAAAUUCCGAGAAGAAUACAUUCCCACAGACGAAAUACAAGUCACGUGUAUUCAAUGGAACUACAAGGCAACAGAUGAUGUUGUCAAAGUGGAAGUUUGGGAUGUCGUUGAUAAAGGCAAACCAAAAAAGAAGACAGACUCCUUAAAAUUAAGUAAUAAUUCAAUAGACGAACUAGAAGAACCAUGCUUGGAUGCAGAUUUUAUUGAUGUAUUUAAAGGCAGUCACGGAGUUAUACUUAUGCUCGACGUAACAAAGUCGUGGACUUUUGGUUAUGUUGAAAGAGAAAUUGUAAAAAUACCAGAUCGUAUACCCAUAUUAGUUUUAGCAAAUCACCGAGAUAUGGGACAUCAUCGAACUGUUAGUCAGGAUUCUAUUAAGACUUUCUUAGAAGAUUUUGAACGAUCUAGACCUGAGGGUAGCGCUCAAAUUCGGUAUGCUGAAGCUUCGAUGAAGAACGGCUUCGGAUUAAAAUACUUACAUAAAUUUUUCAACCUACCAUUUCUACAAUUGCAGAAAGAGUCGUUGUUGACACAGCUUGAAACCAAUAGGCGAGAGUUUGACGCAACAGUUCAUGAGUUAAAUGCUUAUGGCGAAUCAGAGUUACAAAAUUAUGAUCUUUUCAUUGAGCAGUGUCAAGGAACUGGUAAAAAACCGAAAGAAUGUGUUCCAGACACAAGCAUAAAAAUGGCACCUCCUGCUAAACCCAUACCUGGUAUGCAAUUAAAUAUUUCGUCUUCCGCUCCAUCCCCUCCUACUUUGUCGAUAACGCCAGCAACAACACCUAUUCAAUCCCCGCCCUCCACUUCAACAAAUUUUGUUUCGAAAUUAUUUAAGAAGAUUCAAAAGGAAGAAAUCGAAACCCCCCCCAAAGAGAGUAUAAAAGAAGCUGAAGCCAGUACAAGUAGUCAAAGCCCUGAAGAAAGUGUAAAAAAUAUAGAAGAGUUUGUGCCUGAGGAAGGCAUUGAUGCUAAUUUCUUGGCAGAUACUAAUGAAAAAUCAGCCAAAAUUGAUUCAGGUAAAGAUGAAGAGUCAGACGAUGCUGAUGAAAAAGCAAACCCUUUGGUAGCUGGAUUUCAAGAAGAUAUAGACUCCGAAGAAGAUUCUGUGCCUUCUAGAGUAUCAAAAGUACAAGAUAUUCAAUUAAGUUCCGACGAAGAUGACCUUAAUAAGUUAAAAGUAGAAGAGGACAUUAAUGAUAGUAGCGUUAACGUUGAGGAAGUCUCGUCCGAAUCGAAAGGUAUCGAAUUGACUGAAGCUGACGUGGAUUUUCUAGAUAAACAAUUUUUGUGCGAAACCCCAUCGAACGAACCAUCAACAACAGUAAGAACAACUCCUUCACCUCAAGAACAAAGUAAGAAGAAAAAAAAAGAUAAAAAAGAUAAGAAAAAGAGGAAGAGUAAGAAAUCUAAUAAAGAUAACGGGGCCAAAGAAAGUGACGAGUCAAAAAAACAAAAAAAUAAGGAAUUAGAUGAUUAUGAAAAAUUUUUGGCUGAUGGAGAAGGUGGAGAAAGCAACGGAUACGAGUGUCUUUGUGAUCUGGAACAUUGUGUAAAGGGGGCGAAUGCUUGGUCAUCCGAAAGUAUCGAACGAGCAAAACAUGUUUUAGAGCGUUAUCCUUUAAUAGACGGACAUAAUGACCUUCCAAUGGUUUAUAGGCGUCGUGUCAAUAACCGAGUCGAUUUAAUAAACUUGGAAGAAGAUGUUAAUCCCCAAUGGGGAGCCAGUCAUACCGAUAUACCAAGGAUGAGACAGGGAAAAAUGGGUGCUCAAUUUUGGUCAGCUUUUGUUAGCUGUACUUCUCAGUACAAAGACGCUCUUCGCUUAACUAUUGAACAAAUCGACGUUGUUCAUCGAAUGACUGAAAAGUAUCCAAAUCACUUUAAGAUGGUCACUUCAGCGGAUGAAAUAGAGGAGGCCUUUUCAAACGGUCUUAUGGGCUCAUUGAUUGGUGUUGAAGGUGGUCACUCUAUGGACAAUAGCUUAGCCGUUCUACGUCAGUUUUACUCCUUGGGAGUUCGUUACAUGACUAUUACGCAUAGUUGUAACACACCAUGGGCUGACGCAUCGCCAGCCGAUGAUAAUGGCCCUGAGCAUGAUGGUUUGACUGAUUGGGGUCAAUUAGUCGUAAAAGAAAUGAAUAGACUAGGCAUGCUAGUCGACUUAAGUCACGUAUCUACAAGGCUUAUGGAAACUGCUUUCAAUAUUACUAAAGCACCCGUAAUAUUUAGCCAUUCCUGCGUGUAUGCUAUUUGUAACACUCAUAGAAACGUUCGAGAUCAUAUUCUUGAUAAGCUGAAAGAAAAUGGUGGUAUACUAAUGAUAACUUUUGUGAGAUACUUUCUCGGUUGUGCUCCAGCGAAUAGAAACCCCGAUGUGAAGUUGGUUGCGGAUCAUAUCGAUUACGUAAAAAAUCGUAUUGGUGCCGAUUACGUUGGUUUGGGAGGUGACUACGAUGGAAUGGCGGGGGCACCCGAUGGUUUAGAGGACGUUUCUAAAUACCCUAAUUUAUUUGCUGAAUUAGCCGAGAGGGGGUGGACUGACACUGAACUAGAAAAGUUAGCUGGUAGGAAUUUGAUAAGAGUAUUGAGAAAGGUUGAAGAGGUCAGAAACCAGUUAGCAGGUGAAGGAGUAAGGCCUAUCGACCAAAUAAUUCCAGAAUCAGCUUUGGCUAAUCGUACCGAGUGCAGAACUUCAUUCUGA